AAAAGGAAAAGUAUAGGAGUGCGAGAAUGUUCUCGUUUCAAUAGUCCAUACGAACUAGACGUCGUCGGUACAUAAUCUUAUUUAGCAAUAAAGUAUAUGCAACUACUUUUGAGAAUACUAACAGCACAUCAGGUCCUGCGAGUGUUGUUGAAACCAGUCUGUUUGUUGUGGUAUCGAACAUCAAGGAAUGCUGUCAGCAGGGAGCCCUUCCGAAUGGAAAGUGCAAGAUUCCCUCUCGUCCACGCACAGCCACUUAUACAGCGAGAGCGACCAGACAGAGGAUGAAUCUGAGGUCUUAUCACCUGAGAGUGAGGCUUCAAGCAGUGUGCCUGAUCCAAAGUCAUGUUUCUUGGCUAGUGGGAACAGCCAAAUUUCAGAAUCACCUCUAAAAUGUGAGAACCAAAGGAGCGUUAGAGAUGAGAAUGGCCACACAGGAAGUUUCUCAACAUCUCUAGGCUACUCUGGCCAGACUUUAGCACCAGCUCAAAGAAUUCCUACAGAGGGAGACUUCAGGUUUGCACACAAAUGUUCAGAACUGCAGCGGUAUAUCAGGCCUCUACUGGAGCUGUUGAGUGGAUUGAAAACGGGUCGAUAUGACAAAGGUUUGAAUACAUUCCAACAGAGUGUUGCCGUGGAAAGACUGCGGAAGAUUCUGGGUGUUUUACAGAAACCUGAACUUGGGGAGAAGUAUAUGGGCACUCUUUUGCAGUUGGAGAUGAUGUUAAAGGUUUGGUUUCCUCGUAUAAUGCCGCCUCAUUGCAAUGCUACACCUUCACUCCACAAUCCUACAGCCAGUAUGCCACCACGCUGGAAUCAAGACCAGUUGCAUAUCCCUGUAAAGAAACGCAGACUAAGCUGGUCCGACUCAGACUCGCAAGGUUCUCCAAACUGUAAACGCGUUCAAGAUGAGGCUCAAGGACAGAGUCCUACUGAAACCAACUCAUCGUUCAGUAGCUCAGAAACAACAUGUUGUGAACUUGAAGAUGAUGGUACAAUCUGUACAAUUAAAAAAGAAAUGACAUCUGAACUUGAAGAAAACUGCAAUCUUCUUUUAAAGCACAAGACCGUGAUCCCUAUCGCUGCAACAAGAAGGCAACCUCCACUUGUAAUACCAUAUUCAGCCACAGAUGGCAGCAGCUUUGGCAUGCAGGACUGUGUGGUAUCUUCCACAACUCCUAUUUCUGACCCACCAGCAGACAUGGGGAUGAGUGGGAAAAAUGUUGUAUGUACCAUUGCAAAUGAAUCUGUGGAAAGAGAUGGGCAAAAACGAGUGCACAGUAAAUCGUUUACCACAGAGCUGUUAAACACAUAGCAUUAGAUUUGCUUGUCCAAACCAUAUUUUGAAGCAGACAGUUCUCCAGCCUGUUGAUAAUGGGAAUUUCUAUGCACUGAAUAAUUAAUGUCUCUUUUAUUGAUCAGACUUUCCAUUCUGCCGCAUAUAUGUACAGCACAUAAUUAAUCAUAUGUACAAAAUAACACAUGUUGAAAAAUAAUAUUUGUCUGUUAAAAAGUUUAACAAAUUGGAUUGUUCACCCCAAAAUGAAAAUGUUGUCAUUUACUCACCCUAAUGUUGUUUUAAACUUAUGUCUAUAUUUGGUGGGACACGUUAGGAGGAAUGUUAGCCUUUACAUCUUUUUCCUAUACAUUGAAAGUGAAUGGUGACUGAAGCUGUCAUUCUACAUAACAUUUCCUUUUGUGUUCCUCCAAAGCAAGAAAGACAUAUGGGUUCGUUACAUUAGGGUAAGUAAAUGAUGGCAGAAUUAAAAUUUUUACAUUUAUGCAUUUGGCAUUUUAGGUCCAUUCAAGUCUUAAAAGGCCACAAAUGUGUUUUAAAAUUCUGUGUUGACAGUCUGAGCUGUGAAGCCAGACCAAGGAACAUGCACAGCUAUCAAAUGUGCUACUGCACUGCCUUUCUAUGACAGAGGCUGCAACAAUAUCAUAUAUAUUAUGAACAUUCAAUCAGGACACAAGAAAUCAGCUGAAAUAUUUUCUGGUAAAAUGUCCAGAAGCAUUACAGUGCUGUGACCACAAUAUACCUUAAUGUCCUUUGACUUGAAGUAACACAGAAUAAAUGGGAAAUACGUUUUAUAUAUAUAGACACACACACACACAGGAUUAUAUUUUAUAGGCAGUUUUAUUUAGUGGAUCAUUACUUGAAGACAGAGUUCACAUAAGCAGCCUUAAAAUGACCUUUCAGAGAGUCGUUAGAGGAUCAUUGACUUUGGUCUGUUAUCAUAGCUCAAUGUUGUCUAUUUAUUAAGAGACUAAGGGUAAUCUCAGUAACAUCAAAAGUUGUGAUAAGUGGCUGUAUUGUGAAAUGUUAUUAUAUAAUACAGAGAGCAAACGGUCAUUAUUGAAAAUGCUCUUGCCAAAAACUAUUUGCACAUUUAUAUUGUAUUGCUUCCAUGUUAUGAUGGUUAACGUUCUAGGUUUUUAUUGUAGGAAAUUGCACAUUUGGUUCCUUUUACUCACUCUAAGAAAACAGUAAUUAAUUUAUUUAGAAAUGAUGGCCUUUUGGGAAUUCAAGCAUUGUGACCAUUGACCAUUAAUGGCAGGUAUGUGGAGUGUCACACACUGUAAGGGGAAAAGACGUUUUAUUUACCUAUUUGUAGAAUUCUGUUUUACAUUCAAAAAUUGAGAAAGUUUCAUGAAGAACCUGCACGAACGACAAGAUGUUGACCGAGACGUGUAGUGAAGUCGUUGGCAGCUGUGUGAAUAUUGGCCUACAUAUACUUGUUUGAAUUUGAGAUGUAUUGAUUGUUUGAAUCUCAUAAAAGAAAUUGUCCUAAGAGGGAAAAGAUAUGAAAUCACACUUAAGAAUGCUUCAUAUUAAGGUAGUAUUUUGCAGGAUAUAGUUUGCACCUUUUUUCUUCUCCUAAAAGUCAGCCAGUCUAGUUUUAAUCCUCUGUUCUUGUGUUCAUCUUAAUCAAACCCUUUUUCACUUUCAUAGUUUGUUUGCUCUUAUUGUAUCAAAGUUGUUUUCACGGUUACUGAAAUGUUUUUCAACGUGUUCUACUUUUUGAUAUCAUUAAAUGUUUCCAAGUUUCUUA